AUGCUCAAGUCUGGAUAUCUGGCCGACACUCACGAGGUAGCCGCUGCCAAGGCUGAACAUUUCGCCGCUGUAGCCAAGGCUAAGGCUCACUCGGGAUACGGACACGAUUACAGCGGACGAUAUGCCGGAGGGUAUGGCAAGUAUUCUGGAGCUUACAGUGGAGCUCACUAUAUCGCUCCUUACCACGGACCUCUCGCCAAGCCUGUCGUACUCAAGUCUGGAUAUCUGGCCGACACUCACGAGGUCGCUGCUGCCAAACAUCAUCAUCUUGAAGCUCUGCACAAGGCCAACUACCACGAUCAUUAUCAUCAUUGA